AUGGCGGAGCACGACCUGACGCCGCGCCUGGCGCUCCACCUGGACCGCCACCUGGUGCUCCCGCUGCUGGAGUUCCUGCAGGAGCGGGGGCUGUACCCGGAGGAGGAGGUCCUGGCCGCCAAGCUCCGCCUCCUCGCCGGGACCAACAUGGUCGACUACGCCAUGGCCAUCCACAAGUCGCUCCACCACGGGACCGAUGACGACGAGGUCCCCGAGGACAUGGUCGCGCGCCGCGCCGAGGUCGUAGCCAGGUACGUCGCGCUCCAGGAGGCCCCCUCGCCGCUCGUCGCGUUCCUGCGGGAUCCGCAGCUCGUGCAGCUGCUCAGGCCCGACAAGCAGUACAACGCCCGCAUGCUCCAGGAGCGCUUCCAGAUUGGCUCUGAUCAGAUUGAAGCUUUGUAUGAUAAUGCCAAAUUUCAGUUUGAGUGCGGGUGCUACUCAGAUGCCGUGGCCUACCUGAACCAAUAUCGGGUCCUGUCCACAAACGGUGAGAGGACUGCAAGAGCUUUAUGGGGGAUGCUGGCAUCAGAGAUUCUAAAUCGAAACUGGGAUGCUGCGCUGGAAGAGCUUAAUCGCUUAAAAGAGAUUAUUGAUUCAAAGAACUCCUCAUCACCUCUAAAUCAGCUCCAGGACAGGAUAUGGCUGAUGCAUUGGAGUCUCUUUAUCUUCUUUCACCAUGAAAAUGGAAGAAACGGGAUCAUUGAUCUGUUCUUCCAGGACAGGUACUUGAAUGCUAUUCAGACAAAUGCACACCAUCUUCUGAGAUACCUAGCAAUUGCAGUUGUUGUGAACAAAAGGCGAAGGAAUAUGCUUAAAGAGUUGAUUAAAGUCAUUCAGCACGAGCAAUAUUGCUACAAGGAUCCCAUAAUUGAAUUCCUGGAGUGCUUGUAUGUAAAAUAUGAUUUUGAUGGUGCACAACAAAAACUGAUGGUGUGUGAGCAGGUUAUAUUGAACGAUCCAUUUUUGGGAAAGUGCAAUGAAGGAAAUUCCAUCACUGUUCCUUUCAGGGAUGAGUUCUUUGAAAAUGCCCGUCUGUUUAUUUUCGAGACUUACUGCCACACACAUCGGUGUAUUGAUAUUAGCAUUCUUGCGGAAAAGCUGAACAUGAGGUGCGAUGAGGCAGAAUUGUGGAUAAUGAACAAGAUCAAGAGUUCAAAACUGGAUGCCAAUAUUGAUUCAGUGUCAGGGACUCUUAACAUGACGGUCAAUCACGUUAAUGUACAUGAUCAAAUCAUCGAAAGCUUGAAGAAUCUUAACAAGCGAACGUAUAUGCUAGCACAAAACAUUGUGGAGCCAGCUCAGGCAGCACUACAGGCGGCUCGGGGAGAUUAA